UCGCCGUUCCCUCAGCAGCAGCUACCGCUCGGCUCCCCGCUCCCGCCCUGGGCGCGACACCCGCCUCUGGGACCGGUGCGGAGACGGGGCCUGCCCGGCGGGGGUGGGGCGGAGCAGAGCGGGACGGGGCUCCUCUCAGCUCCUCACCGCCGGUGUCGGGAAGCGGCGGCGGCCGGGGGGCGGCGAGCCCGGGGCGGCCUUGGCUGCGGGCCCCGGCAGCGGGGCGGCCCCCGGCCCGCGGCGGGACGAUGCCUGUGAAGAAGAAGAGGAAGUCCUCGGGCUCGGCGGCUGCGGCGGCGGACGACGCCGGCCUCAAGAAAUGCAAACUCGGCAGCUAUUGCAGAUCACAAGCCUCUGGUAAAGUAAUAAGUGGAGAGGAACAUUUUUCAAGCAAAAAGUGCCUGGCUUGGUUUUAUGAAUAUGCAGGUCCCGAUGAAGUUGUGGGGCCCGAAGGAAUGGAAAAGUUCUGUGAAGACAUCGGUGUUGAGCCUGAAAAUAUUAUUAUGUUAGUUUUAGCCUGGAAACUAGAGGCUGAAAGCAUGGGAUUUUUUACCAAGGAAGAAUGGUUAAAAGGAAUGACCUCGUUACAGUGUGACUGUACAGAAAAAUUACAAAGUAAAUUUGACUUCUUGCGGUCACAAUUGAAUGACAUUUCAUCCUUUAAGAAUAUCUACAGAUACGCCUUUGAUUUUGCAAGGGAUAAAGACCAGCGAAGUCUUGAUAUUGAUACUGCAAAAUCCAUGUUAGCUCUUCUGCUUGGAAGAACUUGGCCACUGUUUUCAGUAUUUUAUCAAUACCUGGAGCAAUCGAAAUAUAGAGUUAUGAACAAGGAUCAGUGGUACAAUGUGCUAGAGUUCAGCAGAACUGUCCAUGCAGAUCUUAGCAACUAUGAUGAAGAUGGUGCAUGGCCUGUACUUCUGGAUGAAUUUGUUGAAUGGCAAAAAGUUCGUCAAGCGUCAUAGCAAGAAUUCAAAAGAAAAUGCAAAAGUUUUUUUGGUGCCCACCUGUACACAAACUAAUGAGAAAAACGAAGGAUUGCAUUUUCAUUUUUAAGAAAGACUUUACAGUAAUUCUUUUUCCUUUUUUAAGGAAAUUUUCUUGUUACAUGUGAUAUGGGCAUUGAACCACACCUCUUCUGAGACUGAAAGUUGGAGUUCUUGUUUUGAAUCUUAUGUUUAUAGCAUUUAUUUCAGAACAAUAAAGAUUCAGAUUUGUGACAAAGGCCUAAAAGUGAAGAAUGUCCCUUGAAUGUGAGUGUGGUGUCUAUUUUUAAACCAAAUCUUUAGAUUAUCUUUCUCAGAAGUGCUCUUUGCUAUGGAUUUUUGAAGACCUUAAAAAUGCUUAACUGGCACUGUUGCUUGCUGAUGAUAUGAUUGUGUGACAAACAUGAGAAAGAAUGACUGAUUUUUGAAGCCCUGGGUGGGAGUGUGCUAAUUUGUAUAUUAAGUAUUGGACAUGGGUUGUGCCCCAGUUUUCAGCUCCUUGUGGAGAUAAAGCCCUUAAACUGUUAUUUUUCUCUUUUUGGUUCAGUACGCACCCAGUGGCAUGGCAUUUAGUGGCAGGCCCUUUUAAAGAAGAAAGGUGUAGAGCGUAUGGCUCUGUGUGCAGAAUGAAAACUGAUUGCCUGUGCUUCAGAUGAUGAACAACAGAUACUCUGGUACAGUGAGGCAGCUUCAAAUUUUUACUACAGUUUAGACUUCAGAUUGCUUUGUAUAAAAAGUGCAAUUUAUAUUUUAAAAGGGAAAGCCGGAAAGACUUGGUUUCAGGCUUUGCUUCUUAUAUGUUUUAGACUGGAAGCAUUCACAACACGACUUUUUAUCUCCCUGUAUGCUUUUCAUAAUGUAAGUCAAAAAGAGAUUAUUCAGUCACCUACCUUUGGCCUGUAUAUAACAGGCUAUAUUAACAUGUACCUUGUUACUCAUGUAUUGAGUCCAACAACUACUGCAAUUGCCCUUUCAGGCUCUCAGUACUUACAGCAACCUUUGAAUACAGUAGAAGUUUGUCACUCUGCCUUCCUGUCCAGGAGCCCACAUGCUGCCCUUGAAAAGUCAAGGAGUUGUGAUGAGUAAAUGUGAGAAACUGAAACAGAAUGAGACAAUGGAGCAUUUGUAACUUCUACUUGAUUAUGUAAAUGCAUUAUGUAGACUGUGAUGAUGCCAUGAGACUCCAGUCGAUGAUCAAGGCCUCAUUGUGCCAAAUAUUUCAACAGCUUGAAAUAAGAAUAGACAAUGUAAGUUAGGCAUGACUUGAAGAUCUUUGCCUCAGGGAAAUGACUUCUGUUUUGCACAUCAUUUAGUCAGACUAACAAGCAUAAGUUUUCCUGUCCCUAAGGAAUACUUUAUUCUCAAGACUUUUUUUUUUUUUUUUUUUACAGGGAAGGGUUAAAAAAAAAGUUGUGAGGAAAAAUUAAAUAAUAAUAAGAGGGACAAACUAGUAGUGUGUACCUGUGCUCUUGUUCUACUAAAGAGGACCACGCUUGCAGGUUACCUGCUUGCUUUGAGCUGCAGGAAGCAAGGCAGUGGUGGCCCAGGGGCUGUUCUGCAAGUCAUCUGGUAGUGCAGUUGAAUCUUCGCUCAGUUCCGCCCAGGUGAAAAAAAGCAUUGGGGGCGGGAGUGGGAGGGAAGUUGAGAUAUUUAGAAGAUCUCUGCUUGGCCUCAUGUAGGCUACAGCAGUUCUCUUCAAUAUGUUUCAAGCUGUCCAUUUGCAUUGCUGAUUAUUCAGAUUUCACUCACAACAGAGUGCCUUUCAUUUGGAAAUUGCCCUACCCCACAGAAAGUUAGUGCCAGAAUGAGAUUAACUUGGAGAGUCCCAAGAUCUCCUGCUAGACUAAGGUCCUAAGAUGCACAGAUAAACAUGCACCAAUGAGCUUAUGUCAAGGGAAGUACUGCUGUGUACUAAAUCUCUGCAGGGGCACUGAUACUGAAACGACUUUCUCAAAUUGACUACAGUUGCUCUCCUUGCUUAGUAUGUUUAGUCCCCAUUAUCACUGAGAAAUUUUCUUUGCAAAAGUUUUGAAAUACUGGUUAGAAGAUGAAUAUUUUAUAGUGUGAUUAAAAAAAAGAUCAUAUUUUUUAGGUAACUGCAAACUGUUGUGAAUUCAAUAUAAACCAGUUGGUCCUAGAGGAUGGUAUUAGAGUCUCACAGUAGGAGUGAUGCAUCUACCAAUCCGAGGUGGUCAAGUACUUACGGUUAAGGUCUAAGACACAAUGUGAUGUAUCAUUUGUAUCUCUGUUAAGGUUUUAUCAGUAUUCCUAUAAUAAAUCCAUGUUUCAGGGAUUUAUAACUUGGUUGUGUGUGUGGUGGAAAAUCAUCAGUUACUGUAAAACUUUGACUGGGAAUGAAUGUAUUUAAACUACUUAAAAUCAAUAUAGUUUUUCAAAUUUGAAAUAGGAUUUUAAGUUAUGUUUUUGUGCUCAAAACUGCAAUCAGAUUUAUUGUUUAAAUGUGAACUAAUGGCUUGUACAGUUUCAUUGUGAGCUGAUCACUUUUAUUAGCUAUCCUCAAUUAAAUCACCUUGCAGCUUACUGUGGAUAAGUGCCAAAAGCUGUUUAUUUAUUUUAUUUUUUGAAAUUUUGUGCAUGUCCACAAGCCAAAACUGAGUUCAUCUAGAUGCUUUCUUUAGUCUUUGAAUUUUAAUUUUGCUUUGCUCAGGUGCAUUUCAGUCUAUUGAAUUAAAAAUGUGACACCUUAUUUUUCAGUAUUCUAAGAUGAAAGUUCACAGGUGAAAUAUGCUGCCACAGUUGUGACAAAUAAUAAAAUUGAAGGUGAAAUGUCUUCCAAAACUAAAUCAUAGUGGUGUCUAUCUUGAUGUUACAAACUUCACUUAAAUCUCACUUCCAUUUCUUGAUGUUAAUUCUUCUUAACAUGACUAGCAUUUUCUAGUUUUCUUAGGUGACUAACAGUUUUCAUGUUUGAAUCUGAAAACACCCACCUGUUCAUGGAAAAAGCCAUACUGGUAGAUUGGAAUGUAAUAUUUCUCCUAUGUAAAAAUGUGAUCUCGAAUUAAACAGUCAUGUAUGUUCA